CCCUACUGAACUCUUCUGACAAAGGGUGUGCAUUGGGGCGCCUGAAGGGUCGUCGACAUCAUCGUCAACCCUUCUGAAAAAAAUACGGACUCUCGUACGCCCAGAGACGGACGAAAAAGACAAGUGACUGUGUGAGCCACCCGAUCGAUCGUACAAUAUCCUAGCCUAGCUUAGUUCACCUACAAGUCAAAUCAUGUCCGGCGGGAAUCUGAGAUGCGUGAUCGUGGCCGUCGAUGGCAGCCAGGAGAGCAUGAACGCCUUGAGAUGGGCGCUCGACAACAUCAAGCUGCGAUCCCCUACGGUAGAGUCCCCCGAUGAUGGUGCUUUCGUUGUCCUUCACGUCCAAUCCCCUCCGUCCAUCGCCGCCGGCCUCAGUCCCGGCGUCAUCCCUUUUGGCGGGCCCAGUGAUUUGGAGGUGCCUGCGUUCACUGCGGCUAUCGAGGCGCACCAGAGACGGAUCACCGAAGCGAUACUGGAUCACGCUUCCCGGAUCUCCUCUGAAUACAACGUGAAUGUCGAUAUGAAAGUAGUCGUCGGCGAUUCAAAAGAGAAGAUUUGUGAAGUUGUAGAUACUUUGCAUGCUGAUUUGCUUGUGAUGGGCUCCCGUGCUUUUGGCCCUCUUAAAAGGAUGUUUUUGGGAAGUGUAAGCAACUAUUGCACAAACCAUGCACAAUGCCCAAUCAUCAUAGUCAAGGGAAAGGACAAUGCCUGAUUAGAAAGCAUUGGCGUUUGGGUUGGUCAAAGCAUGCUGCUGUUGUCAGCUAUAGUAUUGGAGGUGGUGGUAAGGGUAACUCAAAGCAAGUUGCCUGUCCUUUUGUUGUUGGGAGCAUGACGAAUUUGUUUUACCUUGAAAGAUUUGGCAAAAAUUUCGCCUCCAACCACUUACCAUCCCGAGCAAUCGUGAAAGAACUCUCCUAGUCCCCUGUAAAAACCAAAUUAAUUUGUUAAUGUCUUAUGAUUGGGCUCCUAUGUGUUGGGCUUUUGGCCCAAUAUACACACAACACUUUACCGACUUGACCUCAUCUGUCCCAAGUUGUGCCAA